AGCCCUCGCGCGCCCCGGUCCCUCCUUCCGCUGGGUAGGCUUUGCUGUCGUCGCGCAUCCUGCCGCUUCCCUGCCUUUCUUUCUCUGCGCCUCAGGCGGCUCGAAUGGGGAAGAAGUCGCGGGUGGCGCCGGUGGGACGGCGGCCGAUCCUGCAACUCUCGCCGCCGGGGCCUCGCGGGGGCCGGGAAGAGGCGGCGCCGGGGGACGGGGAUUCGGCUUCGGAGGCCGAUGAAUUUGAAGCAACAGAAGAGACUCCAAGGACAGUUCCAAAUCCACCCCCAGCCAACAUGCCAGUUGGGCCUGUAGCUGUCAAACCAACAGGUGGCUUAUGUUUGCUCGGUGCUUAUGCAGACAGCGAUGAAGAAGAUAGUGAGAUGUCUGAAAAACCAGCACAAUCUGCAGAUGCAAAUGCCAAUAACUCAGCGGACAUUGACAGCACCCUUGCCAACUUCCUAGCGGAAAUAGAUGCAAUUACAGCUCCUUCCCAACCUGUGGAGGCCACUGUUCCUGCCACUGCUCCACCUCCAACUCCUCCACGCCCAGAGCCCAAGGACUCUGCCACCAGUCAUGUUUUGGCAACUGCAAAUGGAACAGACCAGGUUCCUGAGUGGCAGUAUGAUACUCAGUGCUCACUAGCAGGAGUGGGAGUAGAGAUGGGAGACUGGCAGGAGGUUUGGGAUGAAAACACUGGCUGCUACUAUUACUGGAACAUUCAAACAAAUGAAGUUACGUGGGAACUACCCCAGUAUCUUGCUACACAGGUUCAAGGUCUCCAACAUUACCAGAGUUCUGUAACAGAUGCUGAUGAAAACUACCAGAUAGUUGCUGAUGUAACUUCCCUGGGAAAAGGUGCUGCUCCUGCUCCUGCUUCUGCUGCGAACACUGGACGGAGGACUCUAGUAAAGCGUGAGCCAAAGAAGGAACUGAAUGAGGGUAUCCAAGCCCUUUCAAACAAUGAAGAAGAGAAGAAGGGAGUAGCUGCAUCACUGUUGGCUCCAUUACUUCCAGAAGUGGUGAAGGAAGAGGAGGAACGCUGGAGGCGGAAGGUUAUCUGUAAGGAGGUGGAACCAUUAAUGGAAGAAGACAUGACAGCAGAGCAGACAGCAAUAGUUGCUGAUAAGCAGCCAGAAAGCAACCGAGAUAUUGAAGAAGACCCUUCCCAGGAGGACAUAUGUAGUGUGGUGCAGUCAGGAGAGAGUGCCGAGGAAGAAGAGGAGCAGGAUACUCUUGAGCUGGAAAUGGUAUUGGAGAGGAAGAAGGCAGAACUGCGAGCUUUAGAAGAAGGCGAUGGGAGUAUUUCAGGUUCCAGUCCACUUUCUGACGGAAGUCAGUCAGACCUGGCACGGCGAUUGCUACCAAAGCCAGGGAAAUGGAAGCUCUUUGGAGUUGCCAGCCCAGAAUCCACCAGCAGGGGUUCAAGCAAGACAGGUCAAGAGAGUCCUGAACCUGGAGAAACGACGGCGAAGGAAGACCUUGAAGUAGGCGGUGAGAACUCAGACCAUGAGCCAGAUACAGAGGAACCGCAAGACAAAACAAAAACACAAGUCACUUCCAAGGUAGAAGAAGAGGAGCAAGACUUAAAGUUUCAGAUUGGAGAGCUGGCCAACAUGUUGAUAAGCAAGCUGGAGUUCUUGGGCAUCAAUAGGCAGUCCAUCUCUAACUUCCACAUGCUGCUGUUGCAGACUGAGACACGUAUUGCAGACUGGCGUGAAGGAGCUCUCCAAGGAAACUACCUCAAACGCAAAUUACAAGAUGCAGCUGAACAGCUAAAACAGUAUGAAAUAAACGCCGCCCCUAAAGGCUGGUCCUGCCACUGGGACAGGGACCAUAGGCGCUAUUUCUAUGUUAACGAACAAUCAGGCGAGUCCCAGUGGGAGUUCCCAGAUGGUGAGGAGGAAGAGGAGGGACAAACUCUAGAAAAUAAAGCGGAAGCUCUUCCUAAACAAGCACUGAAGGAGAAAACGGAAUCCGGAGAAUCUACUGAUAGUACUACAGGUUCUCUUGGCAAAGAGACUCCUUCGAAUCAAGCUGCAGCUGCAUCUCUUGUGCCUCUCAGUCCAUUUUGGACUGUCCUUCAGCCCUCUGUCCCUGUCCUUCAGCCCCCUUUGCCCCUGGAAAUGCCUCCUCCCCCUCCUCCGCCACCAGAGUCCCCCCCUCCUCCCCCUCCUCCUCCUCCACCCCCACCCCCUCCCCCUCCACCAGGGGAAGAUGGGGAAAUACAGGAAGUAGAGAUGGAGGAUGAGGGAGACGAGGAGCCACCCGCACCAGGGACAGAGGAGGAUGAUGUCCUGAAACCUCUUCUCCGGCCAACAGUUGCCAAUAGCCAGACUAGUACCGAAACCAGCGUAUCUGUACCUCCCUCAGCUAAAUCUUUAAAAAGGAAAGCUUCAGAAAUGAAUGCUGGAUUGGUACAACGAGCUGCAACUAUUGGAAGCUGUCCAGUACUUUAUGGCCAGUCAGUAAUGGGUACAGGCCUUCAGACCUCAGGAGUGAGUUUGCAACAGAAUUACCUUGGUGCAACCCAGCCAGCACUCGUCAGCUAUCCAGAGUGUAGUGCCCCUGUGGGACUUCCUGCCAGCACCACACAGUCAGUUCCUUCACAAGGAGUCCCACCUGCGACCACUAGCCUUGCAGAACACCUGCCGCCGCCGCCACCCCCUCCCCCUCCACUGUCUCCGCCUCCCCAUGCGCCGAAAGCACUACCAGCAGACAAGUCAAAGAAGAUUAAGAGAGCCAGCAAAAGGAAAAAAACGAAGACAAAGAUGCCAUCUCUUGUGAAGAAGUGGCAGAGCAUCCAGCGCGAAUUAGAUGAGGAAGAAAACUCCAGCUCCAGUGAUGAUGAUCGGGACGUGGUAUCACAGAAGCGAAUUGAAGAAUGGAAACAGCAACAGUUAGUUAGUGGUAUGGCAGAGAGAAAUGCAAAUUUUGAGGCUUUGCCUGAAGACUGGAGAGCCCGACUCAAGAGACGGAAAGUCCCUUCAAGCACAUGAGGCAGCUUUGGGUUACAUGUUUUUUUUCUUUUUUUAAACCACACAUGUACAGUUUGGAAUCUUUUGCUGUUGGAUAAAUUGUAACUUUUUAAGGGUACACAUUUCUGUUGAAUGACCUAACAGAGAAAUUGUGUGGACUAAACCCUUUUGGAGUUGUAUGUGGCAAGUAGGGCUGGGAAGUAAGGAUAGGCUCGACUACUUCUGUCUUAAGCACUUCUUAUUCCAGUUCAGAUGAAAUUGGGAUACAACAAUUCUAUCCAGCUCCCUGGUGGAGCUGGUAACAAGGACUAUGGAUGCACUUUGGCUGGUUCCAUUUUGAACUCCACAUAUGCACCCCUCUCUAAACCCCAAAGUAUUCUUCCAGUUAGAAAUAUUUCUACAAGGCAUGUUUGCCAUUUGCAAGCUAGAGUCGCAGAACAAGCAGAGAGAUGUCAGUUCUCCUAUUGGACACAGAACUGUAGGGUUUAAACCCACGUUCCAUUCCUGUUCUUGGGAACACUUGCCAAGGUUGUUGCUUGCUUGACUAGAAGACUAGGCUCAUCGUUCUGUCCUACAUUCUGAGUCAGUCCUGCUGUUUUCAGGGUAUUUUCACACUUAGUAUUUCUCACAGAAUAGCCAUUUAUAUUUUUGGUGCUGUAACAUGCCAAUAGUAUUGGUGUGGUGGUAGCAUAGCAAGACAGAAGAUAGUGUGCAGCUGCCAUCACUGAGCACUGACUAUCCUAGAGGCGAAUCUUUGCGGCUUUCCUCGUUGGCAUCUGGAAACAGACAUUGGGAUCUGCACUGUGAGGCCUUGAGGCUGCUGACUGGACUGUAACCCCUUGCCUACUGUGGAUGUUGUGGGCAACUCGUGAUGUGCAUAAGUAGUGCUAAGUGAGCCGUGCUGCAGUAUCUCUAGUAAAGAUAUGGAGGAUCCACUCCCCCUUACUACCUAACACAUUAUCCCAUCUUACUGGCUGCUGCUUGAUGGAUGUACAUUAGAGGAAGGGAAUAAUUUAACAUGUCUGUUAAUUGGUUCUAAGCCCCUCUUGCAAAGUUCCAGCAAAGGUAGGAUCUUUGCCUAUAUUUAAUGCCAGCCUGAGACUUUCUUGAGCCCUCUCCCUUAUUUGCCUUUUUAAAAACCCAAUCAAGUGAUGAUAAUUUUCUGUAAAGUAAAAGAAAAAGCAAGCUAUGGUUGAAUGCAGUUUAUAUUUCUCCUGUUUCUGGCUUUGUAAAUUUGUACAUAUACAUUAAUAAAAUCCUUUUUUAUACUUCAGAA